AUGUUGCAGGUGUAUCCGUGCCUUGGGUGCAGGUGCAGGUGCAAGGGCCACUUGCCAGUUGUGACAGGGAGUUAUCUAUGGCUUUACAAUAAAGAGGCAGGCAGGCGCGGGAGAGAGCAGGACUGCAGGAGACGUAGGCGGCAAAAAAGGGCAGGAAGGAAGGAGAGACCAUGCUCGAGACAGUCGAGACAGUCGAGGCAGCGCAGGAAGCAGCAGCCCGAAGGCAGGAAGGAAGAGGAGCCACUGGCCAGGACUCAGGAGGGCGGUACGGAAGACAGGAGGCAGGGGGUGGGCCACACCUGCAGCAUCGCACCUGCCCUGCACCUGCCUGCACCUCACUCCUGGCACUCACACACUGCAGCACUGCAGGAGCGCUGGCCGGUGUCUCGCCCUCCUGCCUCUGCUCCCACGCUCCUUCCUGCUCCUGGGCUGGUUGGCUCCUGGUCUGUUGUUAUUAUGGCUUGUUGCUGGAUGGCUGGCUGCCGCCCUCCUUCGAACCUGACCUUCCUGGCCAGUCCUGUUUGA